GCCUGGCUCCAAGAGUCAGGCCACGGCCCGUCGUCGUGCGGCACGUACGUCCUGCCUGAAGAAGCAGAAGUAAAACGAUAAAGAGAAGGAGAAGGCCCCGAACAUAUAGGGGACAUAAGUCCCAGACUUUGCUCGACACACUACUCUUCUGAUGAUCAAGCUACUACUCCCGAAUUGCGUGUACUUAUUGCCGUUAUCCGUGUCAUUAGUGAUCAUCCUGGCUUCGUCUCUAUCAUCUUCAGAACCGACGGUAAUGGGUCCCUCUUACAGUUUAACAUUAACUCCGAUUGCUUUGGUUUUUUUUAAUUACUAUCUGUCCAUCAUUACCCGUUUCGAUCAUUGCACCCGCACGUGUCUACAUAUUUCAUCCGUGACAACUUAAGUGACUCCUGACUAAAUCAAUGGAAUUAGAGUGUAUUGAUGCAAAGUUUUCUACUCAGAUAUUGUUUAGUGAUGACAAUAGUUAUUAUCUUUUAAAGUGAAAAGUGAUUGAUCUGUUAAAAUUCAUUAGAGAUUUUAGUUUAAAAAAAUAUUUGCUAGAGGUUUUUAAAAGUUUAUUGUCAAUACGUGAGAAGUAAUUUAUGUGCUAACGACAUUUACAGUUGUGGUAAUAACAUAAUAUUUGAGCCCGCGUAUUUAGUGUUUUUUUAUGGUAACCACAUAAAAAUUGUUGGAUAAUUUAAAAUUACUAUUUUAUGUUUUUACUGUAUUGUAAUAAAAUAAAAUUACAUAAUGAUAUUUUUAAAUCAAUGGUAUAUUAAAUGAAUUCGGAGUAUAUACGAAUUGAAUUGAAUGUGAAGAAAACGAAUAUAAGUGAUGUCUACCUAUUAUGGCAGAACAGUUGUCGAAGAGACAUAAGGCUAAGUAUAUGGGUUCGUUUCCAGUGGCGAGUCCCGAUAUUGCCAAACGAGCAGAGUUUGUUCGUUCACAACUCGAGAAUUUGCGGCACAGCAAUCGGUUUACACCUGUCCUCUUAAUCGUCUCGCUAGCGGGAAUAAAAGUAUGCAGUCCAGAUGGAAAACGGGUGCAAAUGGCCCAUGCGUUGAGACGCAUUUCAUAUGCGACCUGUGAAUUACAACACGCGCAAUUUAGUUUUCUAGCGCGAGAACCACGAGCACACUUUACGAUACAAUACUGUCAUUCUUUUAUCACUGAAUCACCCGAACAGGCUGAAGAAUUAAAUACAAUUGUUGGAAAUGCAUUUCGUAUGGCAUACGUGGCGCAAUUACAGCGCCAGCCAAUUAUCCAAGAUGUGAUCUCGCCUCAGUCAACGACUAUUUAUCGGAAAGAUACACCACAAGAACAAAAGAACGUUUGGAAUAAACCACUGGGAGGUGACAAUAAUUCAAAAGUGAAUAUAGGCAUCAGUGGUGGUGGUGGUGGCGUUGGAGGAGGAGGAGGUGGUGGUGGUAGUGGUGGUUUAGUGGGUGGCUGCAGAAGCCCAUCCUCGAAUUCGUGGCUGAAGAGUCGAACGGCGCCCACGUCUCGUUCUGGAAACGGCACAUCAACAGCGGACAUGAACGUACAGAUCGGUAGUGCCGGCUCGCCCACGCUGCGAAUCCCAACCGUCAAGACACCUAAUUCCAUACCAGGACUACGACCUUCUCACCCAUUUUCCAACGUCCUUGGUCCAAUAACAAACCAAGAUGACCCAAAGAGCAUUUCGCAACAAAGUACGCCGAGCAGUGAUGAAAGUAAUUCACCAACGGAGCUUAACUCGUACAAGAGACUAACAGACAAACCGCCGCUGAUAAAGCGGCUAACAAUGGGUCUUACGGGUGGUGUCUUGGGUCUAAAUACCGAAGACGACAGUUGUCCAUUGGUAAGCGGCAGUAGUACACCAACUAGUCCAACAAAUCGACCGCACUCAGGUGGCUAUAUAAAUGAAGCCAUUAUUGACAACGAGGCUACAAGAACGACUUACAAUAAAAUUCAACUAUCGGACAAUAUCGACAAUACUAUCAAUGUUUCAAUUACCACCAAGAAUUUAAAUAUUGAGAACAACAGGCUAGCACCUGAUAACUCGCCUAAUAGUGGAGAUACUGAUUUUAAAACAAAACGCCGAUCACAAAUAAGUACUUCAAGUAGUUCGGUUCCGGCUGAUGGAAGUACUCACGGCUCGACGCCAACUCCACCGCCACUUCCCGAAAGAACUGAUAGUCUUAAUAAUCGAUGUGAAGAAGGUGAACUUCGAAAAGCGCCUUGGUUCCAAGCUGGUAUUCCUAGGGAAAUAACACUAGAGGUGUUGAGCCAAGAACCGGAAGGUGCUUUCAUGGUUAGAGAGAGUACCAGCAAACCUGGAUGCUAUGCAUUAUCGUUACGUGUACCACGUGACUUUCAACCGAGUGGAAUUGCUCACUAUCUCAUCAUGCGAACAAACAAAGGCUACAAGAUAAAAGGCUUUACUAAGGAAUUCACAACACUAACUGCAUUAAUAACUCAUCAUUCAGUAAUGAAAGAACUAUUACCUUGUCCAUUAUCUUUAAGUCGUUACAAUCCCAGCUUCGUAAAAACGGAUUCAAAUAAAGACUUUGCUGACAUUGAUUCAGAUCCUGACUACAAUACUCUGGCGGAUUUUCGUAAAAUGAUGGCUGAUUUAAAUGUCUAAUAAUAUAAUUAUUAUUUAAUAAACUGUUAAUUGUGAUUAUUAAUUAAAUAUAAAUAUAAAUAUAUAUUGUAAAAGUGAUAAUAAUUAUUGUGGCGAUUUAAGAUUGAAAGUCAAAAAAUAGAUUUUAUUAUUAAUUUAUAAUUUAUAUUAAUUAAAUAUUAGUAUAAACAAAAUAAAAUACGUUCUUGUAUUUUAAAGUCAAGUGAGAAAAUUUUAUUUUUUUAUUUUUAUUUAAAGCUUUGGUUACUCGGAAAUUUUAUUGCAUAUGCAUUAAAAUCACUGCCAUAUACAGUCGAUUAAAAAUCAAUCAUUUAAGAAUAAAGAUAAAUUUUUUUGUGACCAAGUGGAAACUUAAAAAAAAAACAUUUAUAAUUUAAUGUGGUUUCGAUAAAUAUCAUGAUAUAAAUUUAAUGUAAAUGUGUUUAUAUGUAUAUAAAUUAUAAUUAUUGUUAAACAUUGUCAUUUAUUUAAUUAAUAUUAUUAUUUUUAUUCUCAUUAAAAGAGAAAGAAUUAAAAAUAAAUGGAAAAACAAAGUUGGGAUAACAAAGCUUUGAUAUUUUUUUUUUAAACGAUAAAAACUAGAAUGAAAACUAAAAAAAAAAUUUAAUAGAAAUUUCGAUUGAUUUAUUGAAACCUAGUCUUGUACAGAAGUUGUGUGGAUAGUUUAUAUUCGAAAAUAUAUAUUGUAUGAAAAAGUAUAUAUAUAUGACAUAAACAAGGGGCGGAUCAUACGCUUUUAUACGCCAGACUAUCGUAUCUAAAAUAAAAAUGUUGAUAGCGAUAAUUAAAAUCCAUCUGUACGUACGAACGAUACUACAAUUAAAUUAUACAUUUAAAUAAUAAUAUUAUUUUGGGUCAGUAAAUAUUUUAUUGUAUUCAAUAAAAAAAAUAUAAAAUGUAUCCGGGGUGGCCACAAAGAAACGAUUUCAAAAUUCCCUGAUAUUUCCCGGUUUUCCAGUAAAGUUUGUCACAUUUUUUCCCUGAUUUAGGAAUUUUAUUCGUAUCAUUUAGAUAUUUCAAGUUUUUAUUAUAUUUUCAUUUUUAAUGAUUAACCCUUCGUCACCCGCAUCACUUUUUCAUCCUUCGUCACUCGCGCGGUGAGCGCUGCGCCGCCGUGUUAAAUCAAGCGCGCUGUUGCCACAUUUUUCAGAUUGCUAAAUCUAUAUAAAAAAUAAUCUAAAUGAAAUUUUUUUUAAUAAUUAAUUUAUCGAAAUUAAAAAAUAAAAGAUAGAUUUUCCAUUUUGUUUUUAAUUUUUUUUAUUAGGAAUUACUCCGUUUCAAUUAAAAUUAAAUUUUUUUUAAAAACAAUUGUAGUAAAAAAAUCACUUGCUCAUAAAAUUAUUACUCAAAUGUA